AUGCGGGGCUGUGGGGCCCGGCUGGUUUGGCUGCUGGUGCUGGCACUGGAAGAGAAGGAGGAUGAGGUGGUCUCGGAUGAGCUCAAGGAGGAGGACGGCGUCCUGGUGCUUCAUCAGCACAACUUUGCCCGUGCCCUGACUGAGCACCAGCUGCUGCUGGUGGAGUUCUACGCGCCCUGGUGCGGGCACUGCCAGCGCCUGGCCCCUGCCUUUGCCCAGGCAGCCACCACCCCGGCGUGGAUGGCAAAGGUGGAUGCCACGGCGCAGGUGGCCCUGGCCAACGAGUUCAGCAUCACCUCCUACCCCACGCUCAAGCUCUUCCGUGGUGGCAACCGCACCCACCCCAUCGCCUACACCGGGCCCGGGCCCCCCCGGCUGCCCCCCGUCCACAGCCUGAAGCUGGUGAUGGAGUUCAGCUCUGAGACUUCCAAUGACAUCUUCAGUGCCAAGAUCCCCCACCACAUGCUGCUCUUCCUCAACAAGUCGUCGCCGGCGCAGCUGGGGCUGCAGGACGGAUUCCAGGCGGCUGCCCCUGCCUUUCGGGGCCAGGUGCUCUUCGUGGUGGUGGACGUGGCUGGGUGUGGGGCUGAAGUCCUGUCCUUCUUUGGCAUGACGGCUGCUGAUGCCCCCACCCUGCGCCUGGUCAGGAUGGAGAACAACCGCAAGUACCGGAUGGAGCAGGACACCUUCUCGGACACGGCCAUCCGGGCCUUCAUCCAGGAGGUGCUGGAUGGCAAGGUGAAGCCACACCUGCUGAGUGCAGAGCCCCCAGAGGGCUGGGACACACGGCCUGUUAAAGUCCUGGUGGGGAAGACCUUCGAGCAGGUGGCGUUUGACGAGACCAAGAACUGCUUUGUCAAAUUCUACGCGCCGUGGUGCUCCCACUGCCAGGCCAUGGCAGCUGCCUGGGAGGAGCUGGGAGAGCGGUACAAGAACCACGAGGACAUUGUCAUUGCUGAGAUGGACUCCACAGCCAACGAGCUGGAGAACAUCACCAUCCAUGGCUUCCCCACCCUGCACUACUUCCCCGCAGGGCCAGGCAGGAAGAUGAUUGAGUAUAAGAGUGCCCGAGAUGUGGAGACCUUCUCCAAGUUCUUGGAAAAUGGGGGGACGCUGCCUGAGGAGCCUUCUGUGGUGCCCAAGGCCCCCGGGAACAGCACGGGCAGGGAGGAGCCGCUGGGAACAGCUGAAACCCGGGAGGAGCUGUGA